AUGAAAAUUCCAGACAAUCCCCAAAUCCAGCGCUUCCCAGCCACUACCCCCGCUCCAACUUUGUGGAAGGCAGUGGCCGACGACGGCGUAGCCAUAGUCACCAACGCCAUCCCGAUCGACACAAUCCAGCGCUUCCACGCCGACAUCGACAACACGGGCCAUGCCACCUACCUCGAAGACUACAAGGCCUUUAAGGACAAAGAAUUCCCGGUACAGGCCAAACACGCCAGCAAUCUCGUCCGCACAAGCCCCGUCUUCCGGCAUGAAAUCCUAAACACACCCCUAAUACAUGAAAUCUGCACCGCAGCAUUCCAGCAUCUCGGCGACUACUGGCUCACAAGCUCUAUCUUCCGGUCCACUAACCCAGGCAACCCCGCGCAAGACUUCCACCGCGAUGCCCUCUUCCACCCGCUCUUGCAGUAUCAGUCCCCCUCCGCACCGCACCUCACCGUGAGCCUGAUCAUCCCAACCACGCCAUUCACCAAAGCCAACGGCGCCACGCGGGUCAUCCUGGGAAGCCACAAGUGGGAGAACAUGACCCCUCAAAACAUUGAUGCCCUAUCCAAGGAUGACUCCGUACACGCGGAGAUGAACGCAGGCGAUAUAAUGAUUCUGCACCAGAGGACGAUUCAUGCGGGCGGAGAACACCUCCCCGAGGCCAAGGAUACGCGACGUUUGUUGCUGUUGCUUUUCACGAGCUGUCAGCUGGCGCAGCUAGAGAGCGCGCUUGCGUUGCCAAGGCCCCUUGUGGAGAGUCUAACGCCACUUGCGCAGAAGAUGGUCGGGUGGAGGACUGUCAAGCCGGCGGGGGUUAAUGUUGUGGGAUUGAAUACUUAUCAUACGGGGACGCUUGAGGAUGGGCUUGGGCUGAGGAGUAAUCAAACCAUGGCUGGAUGA